GCAGCACCAACGUACGGCAGACGAAGUGGUGGAGGUGGAACACAGGUGAGCGCCGAUGUGGAGAAGCAUCUCGACUCAUUUGUCGACACGUUCACAGCAUUAGGAGUAGAAGGACUUCGAAAACAGUUCAGAGAAGAGCUCGCAUCUUAUCGACCACCAGAUGACAAAUAUAAAUUUAAAGCAUUUGAAGCGCAUCCAGAUAAGAACAGAUACAUGGACGUUGUCUGCUUGGACGAUACAAGGGUUCGAUUGACAGUGAACGUGCCACCAGCUACCGAUUACAUCCACGCGAACUGGGUUAAAUUCGAAGGCCACGAUAAAGUAUUCAUCGCUACUCAGUUCCUAGAAGAUGGCAAGGUGAAAUGCUCUCAGUAUUGGCCUAUGGAAUCGGGGCAGUAUCGCACGUUUGGCAAAAUGUUUGUUAACACAAAGAAAGUUGAAUCUGAAGGAAAGUUCGUGGUUUACACAGUGGAGGUUUUACCGGAUGGCUUCUCGAAUUCAAACAUAGUGAAGGUGUUGCACAUGACAACUUGGCCAGACCGUGGCCUCCCGAUGAGCGGUCGGCAUGUCCUGCGAGUUAUACGUCAAGUUAGUGGCGAUAAACUGGACAACGGUCCCAUUGUGAUGCAUUGUUCCGCAGGAAUUGGCCGAACUGGCACAAUUAUUCUGAUCGAUGUCAUUCUCAGACGACUAUUCAGUCGUAAGGAAAUUGAUCUGGUGGACCUUUUUAAGAAAUUACGCAAUCAACGAGCAUCAUGCAUUCAAUUAGAAGGACAGUACGUGUUCGUUAUACUCAGUGUACUCGAUUACAUAAAGAUUAAAUGUCCUAAGUACAAGGAUCGCGUGAAUAAGUAUAUAGAAGAGUUUCGAGCAGCCAUGCUGCCUUCUUAA